ACCCCGAACCGCCGGCGCCGGGCCAUGGCGGUCUCCAGGCUUGACCGUCUUUUUAUUUUACUGGAUACUGGCACUACUCCAGUUACGAGAAAAGCUGCUGCACAGCAACUUGGAGAAGUGGUGAAGCUUCAUCCCCAUGAACUAAAUAAUCUCCUAUCGAAAGUGUUGAUAUAUUUAAGAAGUACAAACUGGGAUACCCGGAUUGCAGCAGGACAAGCUGUUGAAGCUAUAGUGAAAAAUGUUCCUGAGUGGAAUCCUGUGCCAAGAACCAAACAAGAGCCUGCUUCAGAAAAUGCUAUUGAAGAUGCAUCUACUACAGAUCGGUUGAAUUUUGACAGAUUUGAUAUAUGUAGAUUGUUACAACAUGGAGCAUCACUUUUGGGAUCUGCUGGUGCAGAGUUUGAAGUACAAGAUGAAAAAUCAGGAGAAGUGGAUCCUAAAGAGAGGAUAGCACGACAACGAAAAUUAUUACAAAAGAAGCUUGGCCUUAAUAUGGGAGAAGCCAUUGGAAUGAGUACUGAAGAACUCUUUAAUGAUGAAGAUCUGGAUUAUACCCCAACUUCAGCAGCCCUUGUAAACAAACAACCUACUCUCCAAGCUGCUGAAUUGAUUGAUUCAGAAUUUCGAGCUGGAAUGAGUAAUAGACAGAAAAAUAAAGCUAAAAGAAUGGCCAAGUUAUUUGCGAAACAGAGAUCCAGGGAUGCAGUAGAAACUAAUGAAAAAAGCAAUGAUAGCACUGAUGGGGAACCAGAAGAAAAGAGGCGAAAAAUAGCAAAUGUUGUUAUUAACCAGUCUGCAAAUGAUUCCAAAGUCUUGAUUGACAAUAUUCCAGACAGUUCUUCCUUAACUGAAGAGAUAAAUGAAUGGCCUUUGGAAAGCUUUUGUGAAGAGCUUUGCAAUGACCUUUUUAAUCCCUCCUGGGAGGUUCGACAUGGUGCAGGCACUGGACUUAGGGAAAUCCUGAAAGCUCAUGGGAAAAGUGGUGGUAAAAUGGGAGAUAGCACAUUAGAAGAGAUGAUUCAGCAGCAUCAAGAGUGGUUGGAAGACUUGGUUAUUAGACUCCUGUGUGUUUUUGCAUUAGACAGAUUUGGAGACUUUGUUUCUGAUGAAGUUGUAGCACCAGUUCGUGAAACAUGUGCUCAAACAUUAGGUGUGGUGUUAAAGCACAUGAAUGAAACAGGAGUUCAUAAGACUGUGGAUGUUUUGCUUAAAUUACUUACACAAGAACAAUGGGAAGUUAGACAUGGUGGUCUGCUGGGAAUAAAAUAUGCCUUGGCAGUUCGUCAGGAUGUAAUUAAUACUUUAUUGCCUAAAGUCUUAACUAGAAUAAUUGAAGGACUCCAGGACCUUGAUGAUGAUGUCAGAGCUGUUGCUGCAGCAUCUUUAGUACCUGUGGUAGAAAGCCUUGUCUAUCUUCAGACACACAAGGUCCCCUUCAUUAUAAAUACAUUAUGGGAUGCUCUUCUGGAACUAGAUGAUCUAACAGCUUCAACAAAUAGUAUUAUGACUCUUCUUUCAUCUUUGUUAACGUAUCCUCAGGUCCAACAAUGCAGUAUUCAACAGUCACUCACAGUUUUAGUUCCUCGUGUCUGGCCUUUUUUGCAUCAUACUAUAUCAUCAGUUAGAAGAGCAGCAUUGGAAACACUGUUUACAUUGUUAUCAACACAGGACCAGAACUCUUCAUCUUGGCUUAUACCUAUCCUGUCUGAUAUGCUGCGACACAUUUUUCAAUUUUGUGUUUUAGAAAGCAGUCAGGAAAUUCUGGACCUCAUUCACAAGGUUUGGAUGGAAUUAUUAAACAAGGCUUCAGUUCAGUAUGUGGUAGCAGCUGCUUGUCCAUGGAUGGGUGCUUGGCUUUGUUUAAUGAUGCAGCCUUCUCAUUUACCGAUUGAUUUAAAUAUGUUGCUGGAAGUAAAAACUAGAGCAAAGGAAAAAACAGGUGGUAAGGUGCGCCAAGGCCAAAGCCAGAGUAAAGAAGUACUUCAGGAGUAUAUUGCAGGUGCAGACACCAUCAUGGAAGACCCUGCUACCAGAGAUUUUGUGGUUAUGAGAGCCAGAAUUAUGGCCGCCAAGUUGUUAGGAGCACUUUGUUGCUGUAUUUGUGAUCCAGGUGUAAAUGUGGUAACCCAAGAAAUUAAACCAGCUGAAUCCCUUGGCCAAUUACUGCUCUUCCAUUUGAACUCCAAAUCUGCCUUACAGAGAAUUAGUGUUACUUUGGUAAUCUGUGAAUGGGCUGCUCUACAAAAGGAGUGUAAAACUGUUACCCUAGCUGUGCAGCCACGUUUACUUGAUAUCCUUUCAGAACAUUUAUAUUAUGAUGAAAUUGCCGUUCCAUUCACACGAAUGCAGAAUGAAUGUAAACAGCUUAUUUCAUCAUUAGCUGAUGCACAUGUUGAAGUUGGUAACAGAGUAAAAAACAACGUUUUUACGAUAGAUCAAGCUAAUGACCUGGUCACUACUGUUUUUAAUGAAGUCACAUCAUCUUUUGAUUUAAAUCCUCAAGUGUUACAGCAAUUAGAUGGUAAACGGCAACAGGUCCAAAUGACAGUUACAGAGACCAACCAGGAGUGGCAAGUGUUGCAGUUGAGAGUGCAUACUUUUGCUGCAUGUGCAGUUGUGAGCUUACAACAACUUCCGGAGAAAUUAAAUCCUAUCAUAAAACCAUUAAUGGAGACAAUUAAAAAAGAAGAGAAUACACUGGUGCAAAACUAUGCAGCUCAGUGCAUAGCGAAACUACUUCAACAGUGCACAACAAGGACACCUUGUCCCAAUUCAAAAAUUAUUAAAAAUCUCUGUAGCUCACUUUGUGUGGACCCUUAUCUAACUCCUUGUGUCACAUGUCCAGUACCAACACAAAGUGGCCAGGAAAACUCUAAAGGAUCCAACUCUGAAAAAGAUGGAAUGCACCAUACUGUCACCAAACACAGAGGUAUAAUUACACUCUAUAGGCAUCAGAAAGCUGCUUUUGCUAUAACAAGUAGGCGAGGUCCUACUCCUAAAGCAGUAAAAGCUCAAAUAGCAGAUCUUCCUGCAGGAAGUAGUGGAAAUAUCCUUGUUGAACUUGAUGAGGCCCAGAAACCUUAUCUGGUGCAACGGAGAGGAGCUGAAUUUGCCUUGACAACUAUAGUGAAACAUUUUGGUGGUGAAAUGGCAGUGAAGUUGCCACAUCUCUGGGAUGCUAUGGUUGGUCCAUUGAGGAAUACAAUUGACAUAAAUAAUUUUGAUGGAAAGUCCCUCCUUGAAAAGGGAGAUGGUCCUGCCCAAGAAUUGGUGAAUUCUCUGCAAGUUUUUGAAAUAGCAGCAGCCUCAAUGGAUUCUGAACUUCAUCCCUCGUUGGUACAGCAUUUGCCUCAUCUUUAUAUGUGCCUUCAGUACCCCAGCACUGCAGUGAGGCACAUGGCUGCUCGUUGUGUAGGCGUUAUGAGCAAAAUAGCUACUAUGGAAACAAUGAACAUUUUUUUGGAGAAGGUUCUUCCAUGGCUGGGAGCAAUUGAUGACAAUAUCAAACAAGAGGGUGCAAUUGAAGCACUUGCCUGUGUAAUGGAACAACUGGAUGUUGGUAUUGUCCCAUACAUUGUCCUUUUAGUUGUGCCUGUGUUGGGAAGAAUGAGUGAUCAAACGGACAGUGUCAGAUUUAUGGCAACACAGUGCUUUGCAACAUUAAUUAGACUCAUGCCACUUGAGGCAGGCAUUCCAGAUCCUCCAAAUAUGUCAGAAGAAUUAAUUCAAUUGAAAGCCAAGGAACGCCACUUCUUGGAGCAAUUAUUAGAUGGGAAAAAACUAGAAAAUUACAAAAUUCCAGUACCAAUCAAUGCUGAACUCAGAAAAUAUCAGCAGGAUGGUGUGAAUUGGUUAGCAUUUCUUAAUAAGUAUAAGCUUCAUGGAAUUCUGUGUGAUGAUAUGGGUUUAGGAAAAACUUUACAGUCCAUCUGCAUUCUAGCAGGAGAUCAUUGUCACAGGGCCCAGGAAUAUGCAAGAUCAAAAUUGGCAGAAUGUAUGCCACUUCCUUCAUUGGUGGUUUGUCCACCAACAUUAACUGGUCAUUGGGUGGAUGAAGUAGGUAAAUUUUGUUCCAGAGAAUAUCUCAACCCCUUACACUAUACUGGACCUCCUACUGAAAGAAUAAGGUUACAGCAUCAAGUAAAGAGACACAAUCUGAUAGUUGCUUCAUAUGAUGUUGUGAGGAACGACAUAGAUUUCUUUAGAAAUAUUAAAUUUAAUUACUGUAUUCUUGAUGAAGGCCAUGUCAUCAAAAAUGGAAAAACAAAAUUGUCAAAAGCAGUAAAACAAUUGACUGCUAAUUAUAGGAUUAUUCUUUCUGGAACACCAAUCCAGAACAACGUUUUGGAACUGUGGUCAUUAUUUGAUUUCCUCAUGCCAGGAUUUUUGGGGACUGAACGUCAGUUUGCUGCUCGAUAUGGUAAACCAAUAUUAGCAAGUAGGGAUGCUCGGAGCUCCAGUCGAGAACAGGAAGCAGGUGUUCUUGCAAUGGAUGCAUUGCACCGCCAAGUCCUGCCAUUUCUUUUGAGACGAAUGAAAGAAGAUGUUUUGCAGGAUCUUCCUCCUAAAAUUAUUCAAGAUUAUUAUUGUAACCUUAGUCCUCUCCAGGCAUUACAGUACUUACGUAAGCUGUGCAACCAUCCGGCAUUAGUCUUAACACCUCAACACCCAGAAUUCAAGAGUACUACUGAAAAACUGGCAGUUCAGAAUUCUUCUCUUCAUGAUAUUCAACAUGCCCCUAAACUCUCAGCUUUGAAACAAUUGCUCUUGGACUGUGGUUUAGGAAAUGGCAGCACUUCAGAGAGCGGCACAGAGUCUGUGGUGGCCCAGCACCGGAUACUUAUCUUCUGUCAGCUUAAAAGCAUGCUCGAUAUAGUAGAACAUGACCUUCUCAAACCUCACUUGCCCUCUGUCACUUAUUUGAGAUUAGAUGGCAGCAUACCUCCUGGCCAAAGGCAUUCCAUUGUUUCACGGUUUAACAAUGACCCAUCCAUAGAUGUUCUUUUACUUACAACUCACGUUGGUGGCCUGGGGCUUAACUUAACAGGUGCUGACACAGUAGUAUUUGUGGAACAUGACUGGAAUCCCAUGCGUGAUCUACAAGCCAUGGAUCGGGCCCAUCGCAUUGGGCAGAAACGUGUAGUUAAUGUGUACAGAUUGAUAACCAGAGGAACACUGGAAGAGAAAAUAAUGGGUUUGCAGAAAUUCAAGAUGAACAUAGCAAAUACUGUUAUUAGCCAAGAGAAUUCUAGUUUGCAAAGUAUGGGAACAGAUCAACUUCUGGAUCUUUUUACUCUUGAUAAGGAUGGUAAAGCUGAAAAGGCUGACACGUCUACUUCUGGAAAAGCAAGUAUGAAAUCAAUUCUUGAAAACCUGAGUGAUCUUUGGGAUCAAGAGCAGUAUGAUUCAGAAUACAGCCUGGAAAAUUUUAUGCAUUCUCUCAAGUAACUAUCAAAUAUUGUAAAUGUAAUUGCUGCUAGUUCAGUUACAUUUCUGCUGAUAUUCAGCAAAUUUCAAAGUUUAUGGUGAACUUUUAGCUCUAUGUGUAAAUAGAUCUGAAGAAUAUUCAGCACAACGCUGGUUCUUGUUUCACUGGGGGGAACAAGUAUUCUCAAAUAUUUGCACUGUAUUAAAUUUAAAUAUUAAUGUGAAAUGAUUUAAAUUUUACAUGCUGAAUAGCUGCAGAGCAGAGGAACCAAACCAGGUUUACAUGUGCUACCAUGAGGUUCUCACUGGGAACGAGCCUCCUGUCUCUACAUAGUCACUUUGUACAGCAUAAUAUUCAUGAGUACUUUAGUGUUCAUGUACAUUUUUUUCCUUUUAAAUAGAACUUGUUUUUAUAAAUGAUUUAAAUGGGGCUUUUUUUUCUAUAAAAGCCUUAAUGAGCCAUAAUUUGAAUAAUGACUACAAUAUUGGUCAAUCUUAAGACAAUGAACUGAACCAGACCCUUGGUGGAAAUCUUUAUAAAUGCAGAUGAAUAUAGUGUUUUCCAAAUCUUUAACAUCAUUUUGUCAAUUUUUAAUAUAUCAAAUACAGGUAAUGGUCUAUUUAAGGCUAUGUAACAUCCUAGUAAGAGGGUGUUUUUUUAAUUUAUCUAAUGGCUAAGAUAUAGCCAGAUUCAGAGAACAUAUGUACUCAAUAGGUUUCAAUCAUAUAUAAUAUAUUUUUUGUAACUAUGAACCUAUACAGUUCUCCUGAAGUAGAUUUUACAUUGUUUAGAAUUCUAAAGCCUAUGGUGAAAAGACUGUUUAUUGUAGUAAUGCAUGAUUGGAGCAUAAAAGGGAAAGAUUUCUUUAAAUACACAAACAUACAUAAAUACACAUAUCUAUAUGCACAGAUGUUACCUAUCCUGCAUCUGAAAAGGUGCUUGGUACUGGCACUAAAAUCAUGUAGUUUUACUGAGCAGCAAUAAUAACUGGGCAUGAAAGUGAUUAAUUAGUGUUAGAAAAGUGAGCUCAAUGUGAGGGUGGAUCUAUGUAUAUAGGUAUGCAAGUACCUGUAUGUACAUAAUUUUAUAAAUUCACACAUAAAUUAAUACAUGCCUGUGUGCAUAUAUGUAUGAGAUACAUUUGUAUAUACAUGUACAGGUAAUAAACACCCCCCAAGUUUUGUGACUGGCCAUACACAUAGGCAUCGGUUUAAAAAACCAUCAGACCUCAGCUGUAUUUUUUUGUUUAAAAUCACUUAUACUGUUCUGCAGCAUUUAGACAUGGACAUGUCAUGUUUCAGUAGCUUUGACAACCAAACUGUAACAUUAAACUUAGCAUUCCACAGAGAAUAAACUGAAACUGU